AUGAUAAUAGAUAUAUCAGGCAAUGAAAUAGCAGAUAGUCUAGCCAAGGCAGGUGCAACUGAGGCCACUCCACCUCCAGUGUCUCUUACCUCCUCAGAGCUCUUCUCCAUUGCUAAAGCCAAAAAUAAAUCAGCAUGGCUCACUCCACCCAGUCACAAUUGGUACCAGGGUACCAGACCGGGUAGCUGUUUGACAGCUGACAAAGACCGUCAGUCUCAAACCGCCAUCACACGUCUCCGCUGUGGACACCUGAAAUCACUGAGAAUGGCUGCUAUACCAGAUUACUUUGAAGGUGAAAUUAAUCGAAUGAAUGAGUACAACUUGUACCUGAAACAGCAAAUUUGUGAUAUGGAGCCGAAAAUAAGUCAUUUACGGCAACCAUCAGAAGAAAUUUGCGAACAAAUAUUAGAUGAGUUUGAGAGAUCUCUUAGUGAUUUAAUGAAUGCAGGCAAUACAAAUUUGAAUGUAAUACAGCAAGAAUUGCAAAGAUUUACGGAUAUACAAGGCCGGCUUGAAAACGAGAUUGGAGAGAUUAAGAAUGAAGCAGAAAACGUGGAUCCCAUGAUAAUUGAACUCGCUGAAAUAAGAAUGGAAUUAUCUAUCAUGUCAGAUGACUUCCGCCUAGCACGUGUUAACAUACAUUCUCCUCCUCCUGCUUCUCCUCAAACCGAAGAGACUGAUAGAGUAAUUGAUCUGGAUCAAGCACCACCCCCACCUGCUAUCAGCAUACCAAGGGAAGAUCCUUUACCUCCCCCCGCUAUUGAUUUAGACAGAACGGUUGACCUGGAUGAAGUAGCUGCAUUAGACUUACGCCAACCUACUUCCAUCAUACAAAUAGAAGACCCUUUACCUCCCACUGAUAUUGAUUUAGAUAGAGUGGUUGAUCUGGAUGAAAUGGCUGUAUUAGACCUACGCCUACCUGCUUCCAGCAGACAAAGAGUACAACCUUCAUCGUCCCCUGAUAUGGAUUUAAGUAGAGUGAUUGAACUGGAUGAAGCAGCUACAUUAGACUUACGCCUACCUGCUUCCAGCUUACAAAGAGUAGACCGUUUACCUCCUCCUGCUCUUGAUUUAGAUAGAGCGAUUGAUCUGGAUGAAAUGGCCACAUUAGAGUUACGUCCACUUGCUUCUAGCAGUUACAGAGAUGACCGAUUACCUCUGCCAGCUAUUAGUUUAGGAAGAAGAGUUGAUCUGGGUGACUAUUCAUUACCUCAGCAGCCUGCUUUUAGUAGAAUAAUAGCAGAGGACAGAAUGUUUCAUUCCCUUGGCUAUGAAGGAGAUGAAAGCCAAGAUUAUUCGUAUGAAUCUUCUGGGUUAGAUGAAUAUCAGUUACCACCUCCUACAUUUGAUCAAAGUGGGAGAAUAGAGGACUUAUUACGAGAUAUUGAAGUACUGAAUCAGGAGAUAGAUUCAAGGAAUGAGGAGCUCGCUCGGCUUAGGCAACCACCACCAGCUUCUUACUACCAUUUAGGAAUCGAUUAUUUAACAGAUUCUUCUUCGUAAUCACCAAGAACUCCUUCUCCUCAAGGAUUCUCUUCGAAUCCACAAUUCAAUCGAACAUUGUAUUAUUAUAGACAAUCACCGUGACUUGAAUAAAGUGUAACCAAAUGAGUUUUAAU